UUGGGCUUUUAAAUUUACAAAUGGGAAAAAGUAAAGCAAAAUUUUUAAAUCUGAAUUUUAUAUCAAUAAAAUUAUCUAAAGAUUAUUCAUGCUUAUUUGUUAAGAAGAAUCAAAGCUUUAAUAUAAAUGGAUAUUUAAUAUAUCAAGUUGUUAGUGGUGAUUCUAGUAUUUUUGGAUAUAAAAGUAUUAACAAAUCUUCUCCAGUCAUUUUAUUUUCAUUUCCAACUACUGGUACCUAUCAGGUUGUGACAGGAUAUAGUAAUUACCUGGAUAUUCCUAAUUUAUCAAAACCUCUUCUGGAUUAUACAAUUAUUCUAAUACAAGAUUUAAAACACAUUCUUUAUAUAUCAAAUAAAAAUGAUAAAGCAAACAACAAAAUAAAUUUUAUUUCUAACAAUAACAAUAGUGAAAAUUCAGUUAAAAUACCUUUGUUAACAGACAUAAAAUCUUUUUUACUAUCAGACAAAUUUAAGGGCAUAUUUCAUAAAUUUUCUUUAAUAAGUUAUCAAAUAAAAAAUAUCUUUUAUUUUGAAUAUUUAAAAAAUAUAUUACCCAAAUUUUUUAAUGCAACCCAAUUCCAAAUAUUAUAUAAUCCAGUUUUGCCAGAUAAGUGUUCUUCAAAUGAUAAAAUGGAUAAUUUUAUAUUUUUAAAUUCCAAUUUUAAUGAAAUUUUCCAAGACACAUACGAUUCUAUAAAUGAUGAUGUAAUAAUUAAUAGCCAAGUUAUAAAGGGAACUCAUAAAUCCACUAGCAAUAUGGAGCAAGAGGAUAUUCAGAUAAUUGCAUGCAAAAUAUCUAUACCUGAGAUUGAAAUACUAUAUGAAGCAAACACGAAAGAGACAAUAAGUAAAAUUCCAAAUCUCUUAAUAACAGAAGAUACUUCUGCCACUCAAAUUACUAAUGACUUUUUCCAUAAUCCAUUUAUUAUCCCUUCAUGUGAAAAUCAUAUUAACUCUAUGUUACAAGCACAUUGUCCAAACUAUCCCAAGUUUUUAGUAUGUGGUAAGCUAGGAGCUGGGAAAUCUACUUUUGCCAGAUAUCUGCUAAAUCGCCUAACUACCAAUUUUGAUGAUAACAUAUUAUAUACAUAUAAUUACCCAUCUAAUAGUAAAAUCGCAAAUGAUAUGCCAGAGAAACAACAAAAUUUUGAAGGUAUUAUAUGGAUGGAGUGUGAUGUUGGCCAGCCUGAAUAUCAUCCACCUGGUAUAAUUUCUUUAGUUCUUAUUAAAAGAGCUAUUAUUGAUGAUAAUGAGAGUCAUUGCAUACUUCCGUCAUGGUUGAAUGAUAAAUCAUAUUCCAAAAAAUCGAAUGUUAAAGUUAUCAAAUCAAUGUAUUAUGGACACAACACACCUUCCAUCAAUCCAAUUAUCUAUAUAAAAAUGAUCCAUGAUUUAUACACCUAUUACAAAGAACAUUUAUUUGACAAAUACCCAUUAAUAGUCAACACUAAUGGUUGGUUUAAAGGGCUAGGUAUAUAUCUAUUGGCGCAGAUUAUACAUACCAUCAAACCUGACACUGUUUUUCAAGUAGUUUUAGCAGACGGUGUAGCACUUGGCAAUGAAAAUGACAAGUCGAUUAAGGAUAUCAUGUCACAUGAUAGAUCGAUUCUCACCUUUUUGAGAUCAUGCGCUAGAUUCGUUCUUAAUGAUGGAACGGGUUUAAGCGAAACUACGAUAAAUGAUUGGCACGUUGAUAAGCCUUUCACCGAUUAUCAGUUCAUAAUGGAGAAAAGAAAAUCACUUAUUCAAUCGCAGGAUUUCAAGAAAAUAACUAGUAUCCAAAAUCGAGCAUUGCUUAUAGCUUGCUAUUUCGCCAAACUAAGACAUCCAAGCUUAAUACCUAGAAAGUUUUACACAGGUUGGAUGCAAACUAUCAAACCAAUCGAUUUUGCAUUCAAGCAAAUCCUUUCGAUUAGUUUACUGCCUAAAAAAUGUUAUCUAACAUCAAGAUCAUCGGCUGAAAAUUUUCAAUUGAAAGCAUCAAUUGAAGAAUGUUUGACGCAUAAAUUGAUUGGAUUGGGCUACAUUACGCAAACCAAACAUGAUAAUGACGACAUUGAUAAUACAUUGUCCGCCAAAAUAGAUUAUCAACUCAAUGCAAACCACGCACUCGUUGGAUUAGGUGUAGUUAAAGAAAUUAAUUUUGAAGAACAGGUUAUUUCUAUAUGGACACCUAUAUCAAACGAUGAAAUAGAUCAAAUUAAUUAUAUGAUAUUAGGGACGAUUGAACUUCCUUCUGAAAUUUGUGAACUAAAUUUGGGGCAAAAAACGUCAAAUGAGUCCAUAUUUAAGAGGAAAAAUAAACGUUGCGCGUCUCUAAAUAGCUUGAAAAAAAGUGAACAUGAUAAUAAUAAAAAUUUGAAUCAUCAAAUGGAAUUGGAUGAUUCGCAAAGAAUGCUUUAUAAAGUUUUAAGUACACCGGUUAAAAUGAAACGUACGGAUCCAAAUAAGAAAAGAAUUCAAAAUAAAUUCUCAAGAAAAAUCAUAAAUAUUUAAAUAUUCUUUUAUGCAAUGUAUAUUUUAUUUUUUGUAGAUUUGUAUUAUAACGUUUUCUUUUUUAUUAUAUGUGCCAAUUAAA